AUGGCGACCAUGCAGGUUUCAAUCGAUAACGGCGGCCAAGACUCCCGUUUUCAACCAGCCAAUGUCGCUUAUUGGGAGCUUGCGCCGGGGCUGGCCAAGGCAAUCCUGCGAAGCCCGGCUUGGGGCCGGCGACCUUUAUUGGCGCAGCAGACACACCCACAACGGCUCGACCUGGGUCGCGGCCACUCGGGCCACGAGGAAGCCCCUGCGCUAGAGAGUCCGUAUUAUGGAGCAGAGUGUUUCAUGAAGCCAGGAAGGCGAAGCAUUUUUGCAAGCAGAGUUGAGCAGCAGGGAAGAGGAGAUGGAGAAUAG